AUGCGCGACAACGCAAAUGCUCUGCAAAAUGAGAACAUCCAGAAGAAUGCUCUCAUCCUACAGCUGCAGGAAAAAAUUCGGCAGAGUGAGGAAGUCAUCAAGAAGGCCGUAGAAGAAAAGAAUGAGGCAGAGGAGUGGAAAGGAGUAUUGGCAACAAGUCUGACAAAGACCACCGAGGCUUUGAAAAAAAUGACCACUGAAAAGGUGGAAGAGAAUAAGGAGAUGGACCAGUUGAGGGGAGAGUUGGAUGCUGAAAAGAAGAAGACUGAAGCGGCACUCACUUUGCUGAGAGAGGAAAGGAAACAGCGUGCAGCAGAGGAGAAGAAAAAUUUGGAAAACCAAAAUGCAUGGAGAACCAAGAUGAAAAACUUCAACGAAGACAAGGACAGGAAUGAAAAGGAGCUGGAAGAAGCGCUUCUAAAGUUCCACGAGAAAAACAUCGAGCAAUCGGUGCUGGAGGAGGGCGAAAAAUAUGCGCGACGUCUCCAGUUGGUGGCGGAGAUUCAAAAACAAAAUGAAAAAGUGGAAAGUGAAGAUACCAAUACCUCCAAUAAGCCAGGCCCUCAAGAAGAAGAAGACCAGAAAGAGGAACCACAGGAAGAUGGAAAAAAAGACUAG